UAUGCUGUUCCUUUCAUUUCCCUUCCCUUCCCCCUCCUAACAAAUAAUAUUCACCUACUCCAUGACUCACCGUGGGCCGUCCAUUUCUUUCUCUCCUUCCGUUGUUUUCUUUAAUGCAUCGAUAGUUGAUACUCAAGAUCGUUUUUAGGUUACCACAUGCGAAUUUGUUGUCUUGUCUUGCCGUUAGGGUAGAGGAUUUUCUUUUCUCUUUUGUGUAGGACUAGGAGAGAGGUCUUUUGCUUGAUUGUUUGUGCUCUAGCUCUUCCUACCAAAAUUUAUGAUGAUGGUGAUGUAUUAUAUGCGCUACUUAACUCCCUCCAUGCUUUAACUAAAGUUGGAGGCUUCGAAUUUAUACAUCUAAAAAGUUUUUACUGAAAAGGUAAUCCUAAGACGACUGCUGCUACUAGUAUCACUUCCUUUUACAAAAUUCUUCUAGUUUUGUUCAACAUAUGAUCUCAUCUUGCACUUUUCAUAGCAGAAACAGUAAAUGUCCGGUCCUGAUAGGCGCUCUUUCUCUUCUUCUUGUCCCUCUAUUUCACAUCCGAGCUCCUCAAGUGUCCCAGACAGUGAUAUGCUUAACGGAGUGCUGAACAUGUCACCCAAACUGUCCUCUCUUUCGAAUUCUAUUGCAAAGUUGGAGAUCACAGUGUCUCGCGAGGCUUCACUGAAUUGGGAUUCUGAGAACACAGUGGGUUGUAGUUCCAUCAUAUCUAUUCCUAGCGAUCACACUCCAACGCCAAAGUCUUCUGCUGUACUGAGGAAGGAGAUUGCCACACUUGAGGCUGAAAUAUUGCAUCUGGAGCGUUAUCUUCUUUCACUGUAUCGUACAGCUUUCAAUGAGCAGCUACCUGCUUUAUCAAAUGUGACUAAAAACCAUUUGCAAUACAAGACAGGAUCGCCAUUACAAGUUCAAUCGCCACACAACUUAAAAGUACAUCAACAGACGGGUGAUAUUAUCCACCAUGAUCAAAGUUCCCCUGCACAUGGUUGGUCAGGACCGUAUAGUCAGAGUUGCACUGCUAGCUUACAGUCAACAUCUACAAGGGAGCAGAAGAAUGUUGAUUCUGGUCGUCACAGCCUUGCAGAUCACCUCCGUGCUUCUUGCUUGGUUAACGAUCUUGGCAUUCCUGAUAGACUCUCUGAAGACAUUGUGAGAUGCAUAUCUUCCAUUUACUGCAGACUUUGCAACCCCCUUCAUAGCCAAUUAGGCUUGGCAGCUUCUCCUACUUCAUCCCUGUCAUCCUCUAGUAUAUUUUCCUCUCGCAACCCUUCUGAUAACUGGAGUCCGCAUUGCAAUGGAGAUGCUAUGUUUCAGCGUCAACUUCAAGGGUUGAAAGGAGAGAGCGGACCAUAUGAUACAAUGCUUGAAGUUCUGAACAUUUAUCUAGAUGAUGCUAGUUUCAAUUAUGCUGCCACCAUGCUAAAAAAUUUCAGGUCACUGGUUCAAAGGCUUGAGAAGGUGGAUCCAAGGAAGUUGAAGCGUGAAGAGAAGCUUGCGUUUUGGAUUAACAUUCACAAUGCCUUGGUCAUGCAUGCAUAUUUAGCAUAUGGGACACAUAAUCGGGUGAAAAGUGCAUCCAUUUUGAAGGCAGCAUACAAUGUGGGUGGACAAUGCAUCAAUGCGUGCGUUAUACAAAGCUCCAUCUUGGGUAUUCGGUCACACUACUCAGAACCAUGGCUACAAGCAUUGUUUUCUCCAGGAAGGAAAUCCAAGACAGGGAAUAUCAGACAUGUCUAUGCCUUGGAAUACCCAGAGCCACUCGUUCAUUUUGCGCUUUGUUCAGGGGCAUAUUCUGAUCCAGCAGUUCGAGUUUACACAGCAAAGAGUAUCUUUCAGGAACUCAAGGUUGCUAAAGAAGAGUUCAUUCAAUCCAAAGUUUACGUGCACAAGGAGUCAAAGAUUUUCCUACCAAAAAUACUCUGGUACUUUGGGAAGGACAUGUCAAUAGACGCGGAUGGGGUGAUUGAGGUGAUAAGUGAGUGCCUGACAGAAGGGCAACUGAAGGCUAUGAGGAAAUGCACGAGGGGGAAGGCUAACAAGAGCAUCCAUUGGUUGUCGCAAAGCUCAUCUUUUCGGUAUGUGAUCCAUGGAGAAUUAGCAAAAGGGAGAACAAUGGUCUGAUCAAAGAACACACUGCCCCUGCCUGUAUAAUACAUAUCUGCAAAUGAUCAUUUUUUUCCCCUGAACAAAAUAACGAGCGAAUGUUGUAUAGAAACUAGAAAGUGGUAGCUGGAAUUGUAGAGGUGGUUUUGCGAAUCUACAAUGGAACCACCCGGUAAAUUAACGUAAGUGUAAUUAUUAAGGAAAAUUCUAUUUUUUUUAUAAAGAAUCAUGGUCUGUGUGUGUUUGAUUGCAA